GGACGCCGGGAGUUGCAGUGCGGACGCGGGGGCUGGCGCUGCGGCGGAGCCGGGUUAAACGCACAGCCCCGCCGCGGCCUCCCGAGGGCCUAAGGGGAGAGGUGGCCCCGGCGGGCGCAGGUCGGGCAGCGCCGCGGUGAUGGUGCCUGCGCUGCGUGUCCCCGUGCCCUGACAGGAAGAUCCAGUAACACCUUUCUUCCUACUUCGAGAAGCUGCUAAGGUUUCUCUUGAUUUGAAAACACUGCUGGAAACUACUUCUGUGGGCAAGCAUGGGCUGCCGGGAUGUUCAUGCAGCGACCGUCCUGGCCUUCCUCAGUGGAACCGCCUCAGUAGCUGGACUCCUUGCAGCAGUUCUUCUUCCAAACUGGAGGCAGAUGAGACUGUACACUUUCAACAAGAAUGAGAGGAACGUGACAGUUUACACUGGACUUUGGAUUAAGUGUGCUCGCUUUGAUGGGAGCAGAGACUGUGUGAUAUAUGACCCACAGUGGUACACUGCUGUUGAUCAACUGGAUUUGCGUGUUCUUCAGUUUGCCCUUCCACUGAGUAUGUUAACUGCUGUCUCAGCUCUGUUUCUCUGCUUGAUUGGCAUGUGUAACACAGCCUUUGUAUCGACCGUGCCAAACGUCAAACUGGCCAAAUGCCUUGUGAACAGUGCAGGUUGCCACCUCGUGGCUGGCCUUUUGUUUCUGCUUGCCUGUGCCAUUUGCCUCACUCCAUCAAUCUGGGUCAUUUUUUAUAACAACUAUCUGAAUAGAAAAUACGAGCCUAUCUUUAGCUUUGACAUCUCUGUGUUUAUUGCCAUUGCCAGUGCUGGUGGUCUGUUUUUCACUUCCAUUAUGCUGUUUUUGUGGUACUGUGCAUGUAAAAGUCUACCUUCUCCUUUCUGGCAGCCCCUCUAUUCCCAUGCCCCUAGCAUGCACAGCUAUGCCUCCCAGCCGUAUUCUGCACGCUCUCGCCUCUCUGCCAUGGAAAUUGACAUUCCUGUUGUGACACAUGCAACUUAAGAAGACAAACUCUUGGAAGCCAAGUUCUUGUGCUCAUUCAAACCAUGAAAAUUACAGGCUUGAUUCUCUCUGCUGCCUUGUGCUGAGAAUAAUAAUUUGUAAAGUCAAGUUUCCCAAGAUGCAAAGCAAUGGAGCCACGAGUUUAGCAAGCCUGUUGCUGUUCUCGUGUGUUGCUUCCCGACCAACUUCUUUUUUUUUAACUCUGAGCUCACUACAGACAAAAUUGCUACUAAUCCUGGGACAUUACACUAACAAUAGCACCUGUUCCGUCCUUCUGCUUACUGAGAUCAAAGCAGGUUUGAACCUCUUUGCUGUUCGAUAAGUUAUUGUUAGAUUCUUGUCCCAUUAGAGCCUCAUAGGUGGACCCUUGCACCCCUGCAUCAUCCAAAUGCAGCCAGUGGAAUUGGGUGCAGGGAGUUCAGAGUUUCGUUUUCAUCUAGACACACAUAUUUUAAGAUGUGAUGUCUGAAAAGGGUAUUUGGCAGACUAAUCCAGUUCUGUAGCAUUCUUUGUUUUCCACUGCACACACAAAAAGCUACCUGCUUACAAACUUCUGUAAUAGAAUUAGUGUCAAAUUACCCUUUAUUUUCAAAGUAGCUAUCAGAAGAUAUAAAACUGAUUUAAGUAAUAAUGUUGUUCUGUACUGUAAUAGCAUUUUGUGAAUUGCUGGAGGCUAGAAACUUUUUUGUGAUUUUUAUUUCUAGUCUUUUUUACUAAGUUAGCAAAUUCACUGGAUCUAUUUUGUGAUUAAAACAAAAACCACUUGUAUUUUAAAAAUUCUGUUUAGAAGCUUGAAUAUUUUAUUUGAAGGCCAUCUUAAAGGUGGAUUUUCAAGUAGGCUUUCAAGUAUUACUUGGUUCUGGAGAGAAAUGUCCAGAAAAUGGACAAAAUGGCAAAAUGGAUUAGGAGAACCAUGAAGAAUUCUGAAAGCUAUGAAAGAUUCUUUUGGAGCACUGUACACAAGCUAUAACAACAUCUCUCUAGGAGGGGGAUUAUAACCCUGGGGAGAGAUUUUUAAAUCCAGAUUUUUAUUUUUUUUUUUUAAUGUAUAUACAAGUAACAAUGAGCUUGUGUAUUUUUCAGAGUUGUUCUUUAUGGUUGUUGGACUUUUCAUGCUGUAGCUGAUUUAAUUACCGAUUAAGACUUAACCUUUUCAGCCUUGUUUUUCGACGCCUUUCAAGUUGAGCUAUUUUAAAAUCCAGUUAUUUCCUGUGCUGCCACCUCACAAGUGGAGAAAGUUUCCCAUUCGUAUUUGCUGUAAGAUGGGGUUUUGAAUAACUUGUGAGUUUCACCUUGUAGCUCUGCAAGGAUGAGGAAGGAUUAUAAAUUCCCAAUCUGGGAUGUCUUUGAGUCAUAUUUUUUUCCUUCUGAAAUGCAAAGCAAGUCAGCCCUAAGGAUCGAAGCUUUUCAGAAAUUACCUGGAAGUUUUAUGACAGUGAGUUAAAGAGUGUUAUAAUUAAGGCAAGUAUUUGAUUUGCUCAGAUUUUGGCGAAUUGAGAUCUUGUGUUGAAGACGUCAUUCCAGUAAGGAAAGUUAUUUUGAUUGGUGGCAUUCUGGAGCUUAGCGGAUAUUUGUGUUUCAUUAAUCUCAGAACUAAUUUGCAUUGUUAAAAAAAAACCAAAACCAAAAAAUCCCAGAAUUCUUAAAUUCCAGUUCUGUAAACUCACCCAAGGCCCUGAAAGUCAAUUUGUUUCCUUUUCCAUGCAUUAAAAAUGGGAACAAAUGCUGUGCUGGGCAAAUCUUGUUCUGUUACAAUCUGUGCAAUAACAGUGUAUUAAGAGGAAUCAUUGUGUGGAGCAGGGGUUUCACUGAGUGAGGAAGCUGAUCCGUGUCAUAAAUCCCCAUCAUAGUCAGGAAAGUGACAGGCCUUUUGGACCGAGUGCUUGAUUAAAUUGCAGUCUAAGGAGUUAACACUGUAGAUGAUAAAGAGCACUCGAGGACACAGGCCUCUAAGGUUACAUGAAUUUAAUACCCUUUUAGGUUUAUGACUCAUGAUGUUAGAUGAAGUAUCUUUUUUCUUUCUUUUAAUCAAAUCAUGACUUGUAUGGGAUUAGAACAUACAUAAUGACACGCAAGUCAGUUGUUUCUUCAAAACUGAGCUUUGCUUUACAGUUACUUUGGUUGUUGCUGUUUCAGCUGCCCAUAUCCUUCGAUGCUUUGUCAGGUCAAAGCAAAGGAACCGCUGGUUUGUGAUUUCAUGUCCGCUUGCUUCCCCAUCGCUCUGGUGUCUCUUCUUUGUGCCUUGCUUACAUUAUGAGUUACAGUCAGUGCCUGGUAUGCUUUUUGAAUUUACAAAGCAUUUUGAUCAUUUUGGAGGGACGAGGGAUACAUCUCUCGGUAAUUUUAAAAGGAGCUGAAUCUUCAGUAUCUCCAAAGCAAGAAAGGCAGCCUGGCAAACUGAUGUUUUCUACAAGAGAGUAAAUGCAGCCAGUGUUUUGUUCUGUACACUUUAAAUAGCACAUGUCUCUGACAGCUCUUUUGUAUUCUGACUUUGAUUUUUAUGCACUAAACUUUCAAUCCAUACUUGCUGCUGCCUCAGCUGAUAACUUGUUGCUUUGAAAAUUGUCUUUCCAGAAGUCUGAGAUAGAGCCAAGUUAUGGAAAGUGGGGAUCCAAAAGUUAGUGGAUUCCAGCAUAGUUUUCAGUUAAGGUCAUAUUUAUCAAAAAGACUGUUGCAUCCCAUUGUAUCACUGGAGCACAGCUGGGUUUCUUUGAACAGUGCUGUUAAUGUGAGUUUCUGCUGGAUCCCAAGUGAAAUUAACUGGAAGUGCUGUGCUUUAUUUCUCCUCCUUUACAGAAAGAGGUGGCCAACCUGUGACACUUGAGCUGAGUGCCACUUCAGCAUUUCUCUUGCUAAAGUUACCAUUGUGCCCAGCGGCAGGGCUUGGGAGUGAUCUGGGAUCUGGGGAGCAGGACCCAUGUCUCCUGCAUGUGUCUCCACCAGGGACCAGCUGCUGUGAGUGGUUAGCAGCCCUGCCACUGACCAGCUGCUCUUUCCUGGGCACUGUGCUGUGUACAGGACAGGCCACUCUGGGCCUUGAACACAGGAAGAGGUUUAUUUGUGGCUCAUGCAGUCAGAGGUUGGGUGCUCUGGGAUUACAGGAACCUGUAUUUUUUUUCUCAAGGAAUUUCUGUCCAACUUCUUAAGUUGUGUUUAAUUACAGUGUUGGUUCUUUUUAUGUGAAACAAGAUAUGUAUUUUUAAUAAAACAUUCUCAUACAAA